GCCAGAGAGUACACAAAGCGGCGGGUGAGGGGAAGCUUCGCAGGCGUGCACCAAGCAGUGAGAUCACUGGCGUUAUAAAUAUCCCAGUUCCUGCGCCGAGAUCCAUUCGAGUGGCCUCUCUCUCUCUCCCUCCCUCUCUUCCCCGAGGCUAUGUCCACCCGGUGCGGCGAGGGGGGCAGCGCCAGAGGCACGCAGCCGCGCGGGGGCUACGGAGCCCAGAACCAACCCUACAAGAUGCACUUAGAACCCCCGCGGCUGGAAGAAUGAGCUUGUCCCUCCUCCUCCUCUUCCUCAGCCACCUAAUCCUCAGCGCCUGGGCUCACGGGGAGAAGCACCUCGCCCCCAAAGGGCAACCCGGACCCGCAGCCACCGGUCGGAACCCGGCGGGCGCCAGCAGCAGUAGGAGCAGCAGGGGCACGACGUCUUCCUCUUCUUCCUCCGUCUCCUCCUCCCCCUCGGCUUCUCUGGGCAACCAAGGAAGCGGCUUGGAGCAGAGCAGUUUCCAGUGGAGCCCCUCGGGGCGCCGGACCGGCAGCCUCUACUGCAGAGUGGGCAUCGGUUUCCAUCUGCAGAUCUACCCGGAUGGCAAAGUCAAUGGCUCCCAUGAAGCCAAUAUGUUAAGUAUUUUGGAAAUAUUUGCUGUGUCUCAGGGGAUUGUAGGAAUACGAGGAGUUUUCAGCAACAAAUUUUUAGCGAUGUCAAAAAAAGGAAAACUCCAUGCAAGUGCCAAAUUUACCGAUGACUGCAAGUUCAGGGAGCGAUUCCAAGAAAACAGCUAUAAUACCUAUGCCUCAGCAAUACACAGAACUGAGCCAGCAGGCCGGGAAUGGUAUGUGGCCCUCAACAAGAGAGGGAAAGCUAAGCGAGGCUGCAGCCCGCGGGUUAAACCCCAGCACAUCUCUACCCACUUUCUGCCAAGAUUCAAGCAGCUAGAGCAGCCAGAACUUUCUUUCACGGUCACUGUUCCUGAGAAGAAAAAGCCACCCAGUCCUGUCAAGCCAAAGGUUCCCCUUUCUGCACCUCGGAAAAGUCCCAACACCGUGAAGUACAGACUCAAAUUUCGCUUUGGAUAAUAUUCUUCUUGGCCUUGUGAGAAACCAUGCCUUCGCCUCAGGAGUUUCCACGGGUGUCUUUAUGGCUCUGAAGAAAAACUUUCGGAUACACCUGCAGCUACACUCCACCGUAGUGAAGUCCAGUCACUUGUUUCAGCGCGACUGAAACAAAACUGUUUUCUGAUAGGAACUGAACUGGAAUUCUUUGUCCAACAUAGGGAGCACACUGCUUCAGUCAGGACGACAUAAAGCCUUUUGCUUUAUGCUUCGUGCAUACUCUGUAUUUUGAGAAAGUUAAACAGCGUGGACUAUGUAUUUUUCUGACUUUUACAGAUCAACCUGAAAGAACAUACAUGAUACAUUUUUAUUUUUGGUUUCCAAAGAAUAUUUUGAUGCAGAUAAAAUAUU